AUGAAGCCUCCAUCCGUCCAAAUUGUGACGGCAACAAAGAUCGUCUCCAAGGCCCUCGCUCGCGCAACAGUAGUCGAACCACCGCCACAGCAAGAGCCCGACAAGACCUACGGAGAUUUUUCCAAGCGCCUUGAUAGGACACUCGCGGGAUUUGAAAAGGUCGAUCCAGCUAAGAUCGCCAUCAAGGAAGGACAAUCUUUUAAGGCUCCGAUUGGAAGGAAUGUGUUCGAUUUCACGCUAGAGGAUUAUUCGGCGCGAUUUUUGAUCCCUAAUUUCUACUUUCAGGUGGUGACGACGUAUGAAACCUUGAGGGCGAAAGGUGUGCAAAUAGGAAGGUAG